UACACGCGUACGCGAGAGAAAAUAAUAUAAGAAUUCAGUGCGCGAUACCAAAGGCGAUACACAACAUUCGUGGGAAUACAGUGGCGCUUCUGUCUUGCUUCUGUCUUUGCGUUCAUCCAACACAAACAGCUGACUCCUAUAACCUCACUUUUUUUUCGCAAACUCUGUUUCUCUUGAUCUAUGCUUAUGAUGUUUCGUAGGAUGCUUUCUUUUCGGUUUGCCAUUAGUUUAAAGAUUUAAUUAUUUCCAUCGUUUGGGAAAAAAGUGCCUCGUAAUAAUAUCCGAUCGAGUGAUUAAAACAUUCAAUAUGGGAAACCAGUUGGUCGGUAUCGCUCCGAGUCAAAUAUUCCCAGUUGAGCAUUAUUUGACAGAUCACAGUGACUUACUUUUUGAUGUUAAUUUGGGAAGCACGAGAUUCUUCAAAGUUGCCAGAGCUCGCAGUCAAGAGGGUCUCAUAGUUGUCAAAGUUUUUGCUAUUCAUGACCCUACCUUGCCUCUUUCUACGUAUAAGGACAAAUUGGAGGAAAUAAGAUCAAAAUUAGCAUCUGCUGUUAAUUGUCUACCUUUUCAACGAACUAUUCUUGCUGAAAAAGCUGGUUUUAUAAUGAGAGAAUAUGUUAAAUAUUCUCUGUACGAUAGAAUCAGCACCAGACCUUUUCUAUCAAGUAUAGAAAAAAAAUGGAUUACCUUCCAAGUUCUGUAUGCUCUUCAUCAAGCUCACAAGUUCGGAGUGUGUCAUGGAGAUAUUAAAUUGGAAAAUAUAAUGAUAACAAGUUGGAAUUGGGUAUUACUGACUGAUUUUGCAAGUUUUAAACCAACCUACUUACCGGAGGACAAUCCAGCUGAUUUUUCAUAUUUUUUUGAUACAUCGAGGAGAAGAACGUGCUACAUAGCGCCUGAGAGGUUUGUCAAAACACUUUCUUCUGAACUGAGCAACACAUUGUUGCUUCCCGAGCAGGAGCUCAAGACUGGAGAUUUGCAUCCGUCAAUGGAUAUUUUUUCAGCGGGUUGUGCUUUGACAGAGCUAUACAACGAGGGCCAUCCACCGUUUGAUUUCUCACAAUUGUUGGCUUACAGAAACAGCGAAUACUCCGCGAGCAAGCAUCUCGACAAAAUUGACGAUCCUGGGAUCCAAGAAUUAUUGGCCUCUAUGCUAGAAAGAAAUCCAUUGAACAGGAAGAGUGCCGAGAUUUAUUUGUCCCAAGCAAGAGGAAAAGUAUUUCCGGAAUAUUUUUACUCGUUCUUGCAAUCGUACAUGUUAAUAUUUUCGGCAGCUCCAAUACUCUCGCCGGACGAGAAAAUCAAUCGGCUGAAAAAAGAUAUCGGGAAUAUCAUAAAUAUAUUAAAAGCUGAGGAAAAUUUAAGCAGAAAGAGUAUCAGCGAAGCUGAUAAAACGGAGAGUGGCAAGAAUAGUCACGAAAAUGUAACGAACGUCGAAGUAAGCAAAGAGGAAUCUGGUUUAAGCGAGGACAAUACGAUUGUGGAGGGUGACAGUGACCAAAGUUCGGAAAAAUGCGAUUCGCACAAUACCGAUGUAAAAGAUAAUAACGCCAAAAUUUCGGAAGACUCCAAUGAAAUGAAUACCGGAAAUGUGAAGAACACUGAAGAAUGUCGCUCUGAAAAUGUCGCCGGUGAUGAAGAACGGAGUAAUAAGGUGAAGAGUAAAGAGGAGGAUGUCGAUGACGAUGACGAUAGAGAAUCCAAGACGUCUGAUAAACUGGAUGGUCUCAUUAUUAUCACGCAACUCGUAACAUCUUGCAUAAGAGGACUUCAUCAUUCACAAUCCAAGUUACAGAGUCUUGAAAUUUUACUCGAAUUGGCAGAAAAUACUUCCGACGAAACGAUACUUGACAGAAUUCUGCCAUAUAUCUUCCAUCUGGUUCAUGAUCCAGCGCCUCGUGUUCGAGUCUCAGCAAUACAUACGCUGACAAAGUGCCUCUAUCUUGUCAAAUCAAUACCACCAAGCGAUAUUAACAUAUUUCCUGAAUACAUAUUGCCAGGCCUGGCCCAUCUUACUCAAGAUUCGGCGGUUAUUGUACGCGCUGCUUAUGCCGAAAACAUUGCACAUUUGGCUCACAUAGCAUUGCGCUACCUGGAGAAUGCUCACAUUUCGAACUUGGGAAAUAAAGAAGGACCUAAGCCGAGUUAUGACAGCGAACUCCAAACUCUCCACGAAAUGGUACAACAGUCGGUGUCGAUGCUCUUGACGGAUUCGCAGAAUCUCGUCAAACAAACUCUGAUGGAGAAUGGGAUUAACAAACUAUGCGUAUUCUUUGGCAAACAAAAAGCAAACGAUGUCUUGUUGAGCCACGUGAUAACGUUUCUAAAUGACAAGGAGGACAAACAAUUGCGAGGUUCUUUUUUCGAGUGUAUCGUUGGUGUAGCAGCUUACGUGGGUUGGCACAGCAGUCCAAUUCUGGUGCCUCUUUUGCAACAAGGCCUGACGGACCCCGAAGAAUUCGUGACGAAAAAAGCAAUAAAUGCAAUGGCAACUCUAACAGAACUUGGACUGUUGCACAAAGCGGCGCUCUAUCAGUUGCUCUCAGAAACUGUGAUUUUUUUGGUUCAUCCAAACUUGUGGAUCAGGCACGCAACGGUUGGGUUUGUUUCGGCGUCGGCGAGAACUCUCAAUUUGGUUGAUGUUCAGUGCAAGGUCCAAACCCUCAUUCAACCAUACCUCAAACAUUCAUUGAUACAGAUCGAAAAAGAAUUUUUGUUGCUAGAAGCUUUGGUAGCUCCGAUACCAAGGGCUGUCUACGACUCCGUCGUAAAAUACAACGACAUCGAUGAACUGUUUCAUGUUCUCGAUGAGAGAAAAGCAGCCAGGGCAAAAGCAUCAGCGGGUAUUGUACCGCAGUACAAUGAAACGAGUACUUCACUGCGAAAUCUCUUUCGUCGUCUCAGUUCAGAUUCUAUGACGGACACGGUUGAGGAUCAUUUACUGGUGAUGAAGCCCCACCUCAUAAAAAUAAACAAAUAUAAUCGCUUGUCGAGCGAUAGCAAACAGACGAUGAGUCGAUCGACUCUCGAUGGAAAGCUCGAACUGAACAGCAUGAAAGACAAAAUUCGUCAUCACAUAGUUGUUCUUUAUCCAGAUACGAAGAACGAAUUGUGCGUACCUGGAUAUAAAAAAAUUGAUCGUAGGACAUCUGACUCAACGACAACUUACGCCACGAUGAACCAAGAAUGGCGAACGAUGUUUGCUGCUCACGACAAUUCUCAACAAACCAUUGUAAAAAUGUCGGACAUGACGGGAAGCAGCGGGAGUCACAGUCCGAGUUUGCAGGGAGGAGAUAUUCAUCUUUCUCCUCAGCACAGUCUCGCUGAUACGAACAGCAUCAACGACCAUUCGUUGCACGAACGAUCGUACAUACAGUACAGAUGUGCUCCGUGCCGAUUGGAACUGCGACAACUCACAUACAGGAAGCAGGAGCAACACGCUGCUGCAUUGCGAGCCCAGCACUGGGCUGACAAUAUCGCCUGGCACGGUGGCCGCCCAACAGGAACCCGAAUUUUGCCUAAUGGAUGGAGGCCCCGGGGUGUCCCCGUGGCUCAUCUUUACGAGCACAGAGCUUCGGUCAAUCGUCUAGUUGCCAUCCCAGAUUCGGGCUUAUUCGCCAGCAGUUCGUCAGACGGUUGCGUCAAGAUCUGGGACGCGAGUAAAAUGGAGGGAAGAAGUAUAACGAAUCGCUCUCGGCAAACUUACGUUCACAGAGGAGGUCCGUUGGUCGGUCUUGCGGUUUGCGAACAGGGCCAAUCUUUAGCGAGUUCAGCUAGCCAAUCUGGAUCUGUGUUUGUUCUUCGAAUCGAACCGAAUUCUAGUAAAAUGAACGUUCUUUAUUCGAGACAACUGGAUCUACAGGAAGAAGGAUGUGCCGUAGACGUGCAAUACCUUGACUCCGGAUCACAAUCCGUUCUCAUUUAUGCCUCGUUGUAUGGCUUCCUCGUUGCUUGGGAUCUGCGAUGCCCUGGGACGUCGUGGCGUUUGGAGAACGACCUUAAACAUGGUGUUAUAACUUCGUUCUGCGUCAAUAAUUCCCAGCAGUGGUUGACCCUCGGUACUAGUUCCGGUGUUCACAUCUGUUGGGAUUUGAGGUUUCAACUACCGAUCAGUAGCAUAAAACAUCCGACGGGAGCCCGCGUUCGAAAAGUGAUAACGCAUCCCACGGAACACUCGUGGAUAAUUUCUGCGGUUCAAGGCAACAACGAAAUAUCAAUGUGGAAUCUCGAGACGGCUUUCAGACAGACGGUUCUCUGGGCAUCGAGCGCUCCACCUCUCAGUCACUCCCAAGAAGGGCACAGCGUUUGUGCGAUGCAUUCCGGAACGAUCGAUCGUUCCGGUUUCUUAUUAGCUGGUGGAACCGACAUGCGAUUACGGUUCUGGGAUUUAAACACACCGACCGAAUCUUACGUCACUCUGCCAGCUGCCAGCGACGUCUUAGUCCCCAACUCAUUAGCGUAUGAACAACGAUUGAUCGAUGGCACGAAUGUGGUUCAGGAGGUCCCGGCCGGUGGUGUCGCCAUGUCUUCGUCGACAGGAAGUAACGUGCGAAGUCGCGGAUCACUCGACGAUUCUGGCCCAGGACAAGAGACCGCGUCCUCGGGUCAUCACGAUACUAUUUCGGCGGUAUCGAUGUCAAACACGUCCAUUCUUACUGGUAGCACAGACGGUCUUAUACAAGUAUGGAAGUGACUUCCAGGUGACUUGAUGAUCGUGACAAAAAUUCUGUAUCGCGUAUUUACCCUUAAACAAUAUUUACGCAAUCGAAAACCGAGUCACUCGUGUUCAAAACAAUUAUCCUGUACGGCAUUGGUGCGAUGACGUCACACUGAAAUUAAAGUCGUUGGUGCAUCAAGUUAUCGAUGGCUCGUCAUCGACACAACCGUUUUGCAUGUAUUCCGAGUCAAAAAGCUUACUCGAUUAAAAUUUCAUUACAAACUUCAGUAUUUCUCAAUCUUGUUGAAAACGUUCUUUAUACAACAGCGAAGCUGAAAAACAAUCGAUGAUUUUUUUCCAUAAAAUAAUGAUCCAAAAUGAUCACCAGAACUACUGAUUUUUGAAAAAAAUUUGGAAUUAUUCUUUUUUUCUCAAAUGUGACUUCCAGUGAAUCCUUCAUUCGAAAACUUGGAAAUCAUUUUAAUGCAUAUUAGAAUUCCUUUUUUCAAUGUUACAUCCGCAUCUUCUGCGUUACUAUUCGUCUGAGAAUAUAGUAGAAAAUUGUAAGCAAAAGUCAUGCAAAGCUCAGGUGAAUUUUAUCGAAUCUUCGAUUUAGAAGUUGAACAAAAAAAUCGAUUAAGAACUAAAAAAUUUUUUUUUCGGAUCAUUUUUAAAAACAUUUUGUCUCAUCGAUUAAAUCGACAUCCAAAAAAAUCAGCGUUUCGAACGACUCAAAGGUGACCGAUUUUUUUGAGUUUGCAUCAAACCAGUACGUAUUGAAAUUCUAAUCGAAUGAAACAUCUGGCAACGAACGUUUGUGUGAGAGGCUGUCAAUAACAGGUCGAUGCGUCCCCCGAAUUUCUCAAAUUCGUUAGGCGCUGUGAUUUCCCUUUACUUCAUAAAUAUCUUAAAAGAAAAGAAAGACAAAAUGCUAUGACGCAUCGAGCAGAAGUCUGCAACAGUAAUCUUUGAGCCACCAAAAUACUGUGUAUUCUAAGUUAAGUAAAUUAUUUUUGUACAUACGAGAAUUAAAACUUGAGUAAAUGAGAUGAACGUGAAAAAAGCACGUUCAAAACCGAUGCGCUUUCUCAAUCGUCGUCAUUCGGUAUGAUACGCUUUAAGUUCAAAUUUCUUAACCGUGUACUUGUACGAGAGAAAUAUUAUGAGAGAAAAAUGAGAGGGAAAGAGAUUUCAAUUAAUUGAAUGAUUUUAUUUAUCGUUGAAUAAUAUUUACACGUAGAUAUAGACAUAAUAAAUAUAAAUAUAUUGAUUAAUGAUACAGGCAGCUUGUGUGACACGGUACGGAACGAAAUACGAAACGUUCGUGUGUCCACUUCAUACAACCUUUGCGUUAAGUGUAUUAACCAGUUGUCGAUCGUACAUAAUAAAAAUCAUAUUUUUAAAAAA